UCUGAUUCUUAUUCAAUUGUUUCCCACUGAAACUGUGUAACAGGUGUACAAAGGAAGCUGGAUAUGAAUUAUCAGGAUCCAACGAGGAAUGAUAAAUUCCUGCAAGGCUCUUUUAACCAACAACCAAAAUAUCGACCUCCUGGAAGGAACAUUCCAAGCGAUCCAAUGGUUGGUUCCAGAGUGCAGAAUUUUGCCGUUUCUGAUGCAGCUGACAAGCUGGGAAGCAUGAAUAUUGGCUCUGGCAGAGGACCUACAAUGCAGCCAAUAGUUAAGCCAAUGAAGGCAGGAGGAUGGCAUGGGCAGCACGACUUGUUCCAUGGACGGUCUAAAGAGUUUCUUCCGGGAAGAAGCUUUUCGAGGAAAGUUGCUGGAUGAAGAAAUGUCAUAGCUGAGUGUCCUACUUUGUUCUAGUGUUCUAUUCGCGAUAAUAGCCUUUAUGUGCAUGGCUAAAUUUGAUGUUACUUUGGU